UUUGCUCCUCAGCCCAACCUGUCUCGAACGUAAGGCACCGGUGUUCUGGUAACGCCCGUUGGCGAAACCUUCGAUUGAUCUUAAUGGCUCCGUCGAUGCUUAGAGUUUCAUUGUGCCUUAUUUGGGCGGUGUUAGCUCUUUCUCCAUUCCCGUAUGUGGUAUCCAGGCCCUCUCGUAUACGCCGCCCCAGAUGUAUUCACUCUAAAAACGAUGACAUCGACGGGAUCAACGCAUCGUCGGAGAAUAUUCGAAUAAACUACCAGAUCUUCAAAGUUGCAUCUAAAACUCCCUCUCAUGUACAGAUUGUGCAGCUCUUUUGCAAGACGGGAUAUUUUUUGGCGCUAAAUGUCACAGCAAGGAAGAACCGUAUCGUCGGUAUCGUCAAUGAAUCAAGUGAAAGCACAUUUUUCGAGUCCCAAUCCCUUGGAACGAGUAUAGUCAGGCUGCGAAAUAUUGUCAGCGGAAGAUUUUUGGCGAUCAAUUCAAAGGGAAGGAUUAUUACACAGUCUAAAGUUUCGGAUGAAAGUGUUUUCAAGACGAUGUACGAGGAAAACUACUUCCAUACAUUUACUUCGCAUAAAUAUUUCAAGAACAAACGACAUGACCUGUUCCUUGGAAUCAAACAAAAUGGACGCUGCAAGUCUCCAAAGCUGACAUAUCCUGGACAAAUCUCAGUUCAGUUUCUGUUGCUGCAUAACAACAACACCGAGGAAAAAAUGAGAAUAACAGCGCCUGCAAGACAAAGUCGCGUGAAACAAGGGAGGAGAGACAUGGGCUAAAUCCAUGACACAGAAGAAACCGCGACAUUUACUUGGAAACAAGAGAGCCGUUUUCUGAGCCAAAAACCCGUAACUUUUAUGGCACUUUCGGUUGCGCAAAGACUAUUGAAAUUUCCCUGGCCUAAAUAACUUAAGCGUUCGACAAAUCAGAAUGCAACAUCAAACAUGUUGUUGGUGGAGAUAUUUGGAAAGUAGGUGUCCAAUGGAUGGAAGAGAAGAACUCUGAUCUCAUAAGCAUCAUUUAAAAGGAAAGUGCAUCAUUUAUACGAAAAGUUGAAAAAAAAAUUAAUUCCCUAUUAUCAGUUAGCGUUUACAUGUGAAAUCGUCUUUCGAUUUAGAUGUGAAUAGAUAUUCAGAGGCCCUUAGUCAUGUUAAUGCACCUUAGCUAAAUAAUUUGUACAACUUUCGAGCAAUUCUCCGGAAUUUCACCCAGAGACAAGCAUUCACAUUUUCGGUUCUAUGAUUCAGUCUAAAGUGGAACCACUGUAAUGGAAACUUGUCGUCAACAAAAAAAAAAACAACAACAACAACAACAAAAAGUAACGGUCCGAAAGAAUUUGUAUUCCAUGUUUCAAUUUUUGCAAAGAUUAUCCCGAUAUCAAACAAUAAUCCGCGUAAUAAAAUAAAAGUCUCAUCUCUGCAUAUAUGAUGUUUGUGUUCCCACUAAGGAAGAUCCAUGUAUGAUAAUUUAACAAUUGUAAAUUUUCCGUUGCGAACCUUAAAUUAUAGUCAAUUUCCUAUUAGUUUUCCCGGAAGUAAACAUGAAUCAUCUUCUUAGAUUUAAAAACAUCAUCGUGUCUUUUCAUUUAUAUGUUAGAUAAUGAAUACCUUUCAUUUUCAAGUGAAGAUAUAGUAAUGCACGUUUACCUCUUGAGCUUUCGAAAUUGAUUCACAUACAUCUUUUCUGCCUUCAAGCUUAUCAGUUACACGGUGUUAUUUUGUUUAGGAAAUAGCUGAAAUAAUAGGAGCGCCCGGAGUGGUAAGACAAUCAUUGUUUAUUACACGACUCGGGCAGUCAG